CUCUCCUAAGAAGAUAGUACUUUUGGGUAAUAACUCACAAAACCUAUCGCGAUGGUUCAAGAUGACAGCGAAACACUGACUUCUGAAAGCGAAGUUCACAACUCAUGAAGAAGUUAUUUAAUUUAAUGAGCAUUGAUCCCCAUCUUUCAUUUAUCGCAGGCGCAUUAAUAUUUCUUCUCAGCUGAACAUCUCAAACAACAUUCCAACCACAUUUCGAGACUCCCAGCCAUUCAUUACUUACUUCAUUAUGCCAUCCAUCGCUGAGGAAGGAAUCAGAAUAGCCAUUGACCGAGGUGGUACAUUCUGUGACUUCUGGGCACAUAUCCCUGGCCAAAAGGAUGACCUUGUCUUUAAGCUUUUGUCCGUCUGCCCCGACGAGUUUGCCGAUGCCCCCACAGAGGGUAUCCGACAGAUUCUCGAAAAAGCCACGGGAAGGGCCAUUGCCAGAGGCGAGCUGCUCGACCUAACUCCCGUCGAGAGCAUACGCAUGGGAACCACAGUCGCCACCAAUGCCCUCCUGGAACGAAAAGGCGAGAGCACAGCGCUCUUGAUUACAAAAGGAUUCCGCGACCUCUUGAUCAUCGGCAACCAAGCACGGCCGAGAAUAUUUGACCUGGCGGUGAAGAAACUCGGGACUCUGUACGAAAAUGUCGUCGAGGUGGACGAGCGUGUGACCGCAGAGGGCUUCUCAGAGGACCCGGAGCCGCAGCCAAUCGACGUGGCGAGCGAUUGCAAUCUGGUCAUAGGCAAGACAGGCGAGCCACUUCGCAUCUUAAAACGACCCGAUCUAGACGCCGUCCGAAAAGAUCUCCAGGGCCUGUGGGACAGUGGAUUCCGCAGCCUGGCUGUGGCACUGAUGCACUCAUACGCCUAUCCAGAUCACGAGAUGGCCAUAGGAGACCUGGCUCGCGAGAUGGGCUUCAAAGUCUCGCUCUCGUCUCAGCUGCAGAGCAUGAUCAAGCUCGUGCCUCGCGCCCAGUCGGCAGUGGCAGAUGCCUACCUCUCUCCCAUCACCGAGAAUUACCUCGAAGGGUUCCGAAGAAGUUUCAAGGGCGAAUUGCGCGAUCAGGCAUCGGCCAACAAAUUACUUUUAUGCCAGAGCCACGGCGGACUCGUCAGGUACACCGAGUUCACAGGUCUGCGGGCCAUUCUCUCUGGUCCUGCCGGCGGGGUCAUCGGUUAUGCUCGGACCUGCUACGACGUCGAAGAAGGAACUCCUGUGCUAGGUUUUGAUAUGGGCGGCACGAGCACUGAUGUCUCGCGCUACGGAGGCACCCUGGAACACGUUUUUGAGUGCACCACCGCUGAAAUCCAGAUCCAGACGCCCCAGCUCGAUGUCAACACUGUCGCCGCAGGAGGCGGUUCCAUCCUGUUCUGGAGUAACGGCUUGUUCAAAGUCGGGCCCCAGUCAGCAGGCGCAUAUCCUGGACCGGUCUGCUACGGAAAUGGUGGACCACUGACCAUCACGGAUGCCAACUGCUUUCUCGGACGAGUUCUGCCAGACUAUUUCCCGAGAAAACUGCAUAUCGACAAGGUCAGGGAAGAGUUCGCCAAGCUGACGCGCCUUGUAAAUUCCGAGAAGAACGGCGACGACCAGCUCACUGCCGAGCAGGUCGCCAUGGGCUUCAUCGAGGUGGCCAAUGCGACCAUGGCGAGGCCCAUCAGGACUCUGAGUGAGGGCAGGGGCUUCGAUACUGCAGCGCACAAUCUCGCCUGCUUCGGUGGUGCCGGUGGCCAGCAUGCUGUGGCUAUUGCCAGGGAUCUGGGCAUCAGACGGGUUCUGAUCCACAGACUGUCUAGUAUCUUGUCCGCGUACGGCAUGGCUCUGGCUGAUAUUGUGGUGGAGAAGCAGGAGCCUGAGGCGGCAGUGUAUGGCUCUGAUUCCAAAGGAAGGAUCGCAGAACGCUUCGCUUCCAUGGCCGAGAAGGCCACUUCGGAGCUGGGCUCGCAGGGUAUCCCAGCGCAGCGGGUCCUACACGAAUAUUUCCUCAAUAUGAGAUACAGGGGUAGCGACACGGCACUUAUGAUCCAAAAGCCCGAGGACGGCGACUUCUCUCAAGCCUUCAGCGACCGCCACCAGCGCGAGUUUGGUUUUGGUCAGCCUGACAGAGACAUCUUGGUAGAUGAUGUCCGCGUAAGGAGCAUUGGCAAGGCCGUGGAUAUUCCUGGUUGCAGUUUGUACAGAGAUCUCGAAGAGGAGGAUGGCUUCACAGUCCUAGACGCGAGCUCCGCCAAGGCCAUGAAGAAGGUCUACUUCGGAACGACUGGCUGGACGGAUACCGCCAUCUUUCACAUUACCAACAUCCCGAGGAGGGUCAAGAUCAUGGGUCCUGCGGUGGCAAUCGACGCGACGCAGACAAUCAUCAUUGAGGAAGACAGUGUGGCUAUUGUCUUGGACGACCAUAUCGUUCUUGACAUUACUGCCUCGAACCAAAGAACUAUUGGCAUCGAUGAGGUCGACCCGGUACAAUUGUCCGUCUUUGGCCACAGAUUCAUGUCUAUUGCAGAGCAGAUGGGAAGAACUCUCCAAAAGACAUCAAUUUCUACUAACAUCAAGGAGCGUCUUGACUAUUCUUGUGCUAUCUUUUCCCAGUCUGGAGGACUUGUUGCCAAUGCUCCUCAUAUUCCCGGUCAUUUGGGUUCCAUGAGCACAGCAAUCAGGUACCAAGCAGAGAAAUAUGGUCCUACGGGGCUCAAGCCUGGAGAUGUGGUUCUGUCGAAUCACCCUUGUUCAGGCGGAACGCAUCUGCCAGACUUGACAGUCACAACACCUGUCUUUGACGAUAACGAUAACCCCACGCAGAUUUUGUUCUUUGUCGCAAACAGAGGCCAUCAUGCAGACAUAGGUGGUAUCCUGGCCGGAUCUAUGCCCCCGAAUUCGACCGAGCUCUGGCAAGAAGGUGCUGCUGUUGAGUCAUUCAAGAUGGUCAAGCAGGGUGUAUUUGACGAAGAAGGCCUGAUUGAUGAGCUCUACGUCAAGCCUGGCAAAUACCCUGGCUGCAGCGGUACCAGGACGCUCAAGGACAAUAUUGCGGAUUUAAAAGCAGCUGUGGCAGCCAACAACCGAGGAAUUCACCUCAUCCAAGCACUGGUCAAGGAGUAUUCUUGGCCUGUCGUCCAGUUCUACAUGGAAGCCAUCCAGAAGAACGCCGAGGAUGCAGUUCGGACGCUUUUGAAGGGGUUCAGCGAGCGAUUCAGAGGCCACCCUUUGAAAGCGGUCGAUUAUAUGGAUGACGGGACGCCUCUGGCCUUGAAGGUCACCAUUGACGGUGAUAGUGGAUCUGCAAAGUUUGACUUUACCGGCACCGGCCCUGAGGCUUUCAAUAAUUUGAACACACCAUCUGCGGUGAUGUACUCAGGCAUUAUCUACUGCCUGCGCUGCAUGAUCUCCUCCGAAAUACCCCUAAACCAGGGAUGCCUAACCCCGAUCGAGGUCUACUGCCCACCUAAUACGCUUCUGUCCCCAUCACUCAAAGCUGCAACCGUCGGCUCCAACGUGGAGACCUCGCAGCGUAUUGUGGACCUCAUCUUCAAGGCCUUCCGCGCCUGCGCAGCCAGCCAAGGUACCUGUAAUAACCUGACGUUCGGAUAUGGUGGCACAGACCCGGAGACUGGUAAGAUCACCAAGGGCUUCGGCUAUUAUGAGACGAUUGCCGGCGGUGCUGGUGCAGGACCAACGUGGGAUGGACAGAGUGGUGUGCACACAAACGUCACAAACACCAGAAUCACGGAUCCAGAGACAUUCGAGAAGAGAUACCCAGUGAUUCUGAGGGAAUUCUCCAUCAGGAAAGGAUCUGGUGGUGCCGGCUUUCACCGAGGCGGCGACGGAUGUGUACGAGACAUUGAGCUGACCCGACCCAUGCAGGUCAGCAUUCUGUCAGAGCGAAGAGUGAUUCCGCCAUAUGGGAUGGCCGGUGGAUGCGAGGGAGGAAGGGGAGUGAACAUAUGGGUUCGGAAGGAUCCUGAGGAUGAUUCUGAGCGGAGAAUCAGCCUUGGACCACGGGCUACGACCAUGAUGGGCAAAGGUGAUAGAAUCAUCGUUCAGACGCCGGGAGGCGGUGGCUACGGCAAAGAUCCUAAUGCCGAGGAGGACUUUGUGCCGCCUGAGGAAUUGCAGAUCCGGGAGCUGUCCAAGAGCAUCACGAAUGGGGUAUCGACUGGUAGUUCGGCUUUCAGGGCAAACGGCAGUGUUGCAGAGCGAGAAGCCAUGGGUGCAUCAAACUAAGCCAGUCUAGACAUGUUGUUAGACUCAUUAGUGAAGAGACCAUCAAUAGUUGUUCUUCAAUAUGAUAUUUCUUCUCC